AUGUCAUGCUCAAAAUUAUUACCAGGAAAUUUACCAGAAUUAACCAACGAAAUUAUACAAUAUCUUCGAAAUGAUUAUGGUACAUUACAUUCAUGUAUAUUGGUUAAUAGAUUAUGGUGUCGUCUAGCAAUUCCAAUAUUAUGGGAAGAUCCAUUUUCAAUGAAACAUCCUAAAAAUUAUUAUUUCAUUGAAAUUUAUUUACAUAAUAUAAAUGAUGAUGAUAAAACAAAAUUAAAUGAAUAUGGAAUUGAUAGUGACUUUUUUCCUUUAAAUACAUUAUUCAAUUAUCCUAAUUUUAUUAAAUCUUUAAAUACAAGAAAAAUUUUGGUUUCAGCUGAAAAAUGGGUUGGAACUAUUAGAAAUUUAUUAAAUAGGAAACAACCUAAUAAUAAUAAUUUUAAACAACAAGAAACAAAUUAUGUAUUUCCUUUACAUCCAUUUGACUUAAAUUUAUCAAGAAAGAUUUAUAAAUUAUUAUUUAAAAUCUUUAUUAAUAAUGAAGCAAAUUUAAAUGCUCUUGAAUAUGUAUUAAAUGAAUUUUAUGAUUAUGAUACAGUUGAAUUAAUUUUACAAAAUCCAAAUUUUAUUAGUAAAAUUAAUAAUUUAAAAUUAAUGAAGAUUAAUUCUUAUUUAAAUUUUUUAUCAUUUGUAUCAAAUACUUGUAAUUCAAUAACGACACUUCAUUUCGAUUUUAUAAGAAGAAAUAUUAUGGAUAAAACUUUAAUUAAUAAUAAUUUAUCAGAGAUAAUCAAAUCACAACAAAAUCUUCAAAAAAUUUUAUUCGAACAAAUUGAAUUUUCUUUAAAUUAUACAUUAUUAUCAUUAAAACAUUCUAAUUGUUCAAAUACUUUAAGAUCACUCCUAUUUUUUGAAGUUGAUUUUAAAAAUACUAAUUCAAUUAUUUUAUAUGAAGUAUUUGAAUUAUUAAAUGUAUUAGAAUCUAUUCAUAUACUUUAUUGUUAUUUUGAUUCUAAUUUUAUUCAACAAAUUGUUAAUAUUACCAAACCAUUUAAAUUAAAAUCCUUAUUUUUAAGUACUACUUUACAAUUUGAUUCAUUACAAUUAUUAUUAAGAAAAUCUGGUGAUUAUAUAGAAAAUUUUGGUUUUAAAUCAUUAAUAAGUAAUGAAAUGAAAAAAAAUUUAUUUGAUUUAACUAUUAAAUAUUGUUCAAAUAUUAAAUUUUUUGAUUUACUUGGUUUUAAUAAUCAAAAUAUUUUUUUUGCUUUUAAUUUAAUUGAAAGAAUUGAAAAAAAUCUUAAUUAUCUUUCUAUUAAUUUUUGUAAAUUUUUUAACUUUCAAUUAAGUGAUGAUAUUGAACUUAGUUCAAUUAUUUUAUUAAAUUUAGGUCAAUUAUUACCUACUAAAUUAGAAUAUUUGAAUUUAGCUCUUAUGAUUAAUUCUGAUAAUUUAAAAAUUUUUUUAAAAAAUUCUCAAAAUACUUUUAUUAACAAAUUAUUAAUUAGAAAUAAAAUGUCUAAAACUAGUGAAAAUAUUUUACCUAUUAUAAAAGAAUAUAUUAUGAAAGAAAGUAGGGUUAAAUUUUUAGCUUUUGAAGAAGUUUUUUUUAUUGGAAAAAGGAAAGAUUUGGUUUUUUCAAAAGAUGAUGUAAAAGAAUUUGAUUUUUAUGAUAUUCAAGUCAUAAAUUACAAUGAUUUACAAAUUAAUGUUGGUAAUUUUAUAAAAGAAAUUGAUUGA